AUGCAGGCGUUUGUGGACACUUUGGGACUUCGGUUGACCGGUGCGUUCGACUUGUUGGCUGCGGCAGGCAAGAAGGAGGUGGCGCUGGACAAGCCGCUGUAUCUGCAUGGACGCUUCUUCUUCGAUCCACCAGAGGUAGCAACUGUCAUAGUGGACACUGAAAGUGACGACGGUCGGCACUGGGGAUACUUCAGAGAUUCUCCUGGCCAAGUGCCAGAGUACGUCGUGCGUGCGGAGAGCAGUCAUGAGUGCAAAUUCGACAUAGUGGGGGGUAAUCUCUUUGAGGUGUUGGAGAGCAGAUUGCAGAAGUGCCAAUCGACUCUUGAGGGUGACAAAGUCGCGAAUCUGCUUCAGAAGAUCGAAGCUCAGAAAUCGUGUGCUACUAGUAGAGGACGAUCAGAAUCGGCUCUUCGAAGUAAAAGAGCGAGGGAAGCCGUGGCUGGCUCACUGCAUCAACUUGGCAUUGUGGUCCCGGUAGACACUAAGAACAAUACUGGAUACCGUGAGCUGCCCACAGCUGGAAAAGACCUUGCAGACUUGUUGCGUCAAGUGGAACAGGAAGCAGACAAUAAAUCACCAGCGCGCAAGAGAUUAAGUGAGCUCAUCACUCGAGCUACGAUCGCCAGUGAUGAGUGCGAUUUUGGGACUGGUCUCCUACUGGGCCUCGACGUCUUCACGGUGGGGUUGUGUCUCGAGGUGCAAAGAAGCACUGCAACUACUUCGCGUUGCUUAUAUGUUGCUACGUCGAGCGAACUUCUACAAGGUUGUGUCGGGCCACUGCAAGCACCGCAAUGGCGACGAACUUAG